UUAUAUUUUUAAGUUGGCGACACAUUGUUUAAAAUUAGUGAAAAAUCAAAAUGAACAGUACCAUUAUUACAUGGCAUUGUGUGAGUACAAAAUAGGAAAUAAUUUAGCAAGUUUAGAACAUUUGAAAUGUGAUAAAUUGAUAGAAAAAUAUAAGAAAGUUACUGACGCAUUAAAAUUUCUUAACGAUAUAGAGUUAAACGAACGGCUCGAUAUUUUUGAAAAUGACUUGCUACACAUAAUAUAUUCCGAAUCUCCUUGUGAAGAAUUACAUUUGGUCUACUUAAAAGCAGCUAUGCAUUGCUACAAAAAUAAAUGUUAUAUCAAAGGAGCGGAAAUUUGUCAAAUCGCAUGCACUGUAUUACGCACGCCAAUGAUACUGAUAUUGUUAGCCAAAUGUUUGAUACAGAUUGGUGAAUUGGAAAACGCCGAGAGCGCACUGAACGAAGCAAACGUUAUGGACAUAAAGAACGAGGAAGUGUGGGCAUACCUGACGGUGGUAAACAUCAAAAUGGGAAACACUGACGAAGCGAAAGUGUGUUACAUGCGAGCACUUGAGUGUGGACUACAAACAGAAAAGAAAAAUGAAUUAAAUACAUUAUUUGGAAAGGACUUUGAUACACUUAUAUAA